AUGUCAUCUGGCGCGACCCCGAAGCCUCCAGCUCCGGAAUGGAUGUCCCUUGAGAACCUCCUGCGGAUUGCCACCAAGAACGACCAUCUGGAGGUACCGACAGAAGAAUCUAAGCGCGCCGAGUACGUCAAUUCCGCCCCUCUGAAGCACCCGGUCGAGAUAUCUUUCUCGGGGGCCUCUCCAAUCGUCGUGGACCGUUUCGUCAACUUCCUCUAUCUCCACGAAUAUCAGCGCCAUAUCGAGACGGAAGUUUCCAACAUCACGCACGCAGAGAACAAGCCUAAUUCACCCUAUAUCGACUUCACCCGCGAUAUGAAGUCGGUGCGAUUCGACCUGGAGAUGGUAAGCUUCGCGGAGUUCCUGGAAUACCCGGCCUUGAUCGACGCCGCGUACGUCAAGUUGGUAGAACAGUUCCUGUUCAAAGGCGACUCUUCGCCAACGGCCAUGAAGGACUUUGUAGAGUGGAUAUAUGGCGCUGGCAAGAUCUGCGAGGACAAAGUGGGCUCGCUCAAACAACUAAUUGUAGCAGCCACCUUCGUGUACGGGCGUAAGUUCUGGGAAAAGGAUCAGCGCGACGAGUUUGUCGGCCUUGUUCAACACCAGGAAAGCUUUGUUAGGGAUAUGGCAGCAGCGACGCUAGCGCUACAGCAGGCAGGAGAGUCUUCUUGA